UAGAGGCAGAUAAGUGUCAGUUGGGUGCUGCUAUGAUAUCAGUGUGAUCCUGGGAAGACUGAAGAGCUGAGGUUGGGGGAUGAUCUACUCAUACACUCAGAUCACAGGAAACACUUUGUGGAUUGCACCAGCAUGGGAUCCAAGCUGUCCGUGGAUGAGUCGGUACGAGUGGUGAUUGUGGGUGGAGGAUUUGCUGGCAUAGCCGCUGCCAGUCAGCUGAAGUCACAUGAAAUCCCUUUUGUUCUGGUGGAUAUGAAGGACUGCUUUCAUCACAAUGUUGGAGCACUUCGAGCUUCUGUAGAGAGCGGUUUUGCAAGAAAGACGUUCAUUUCCUAUAUAGAUUCAUACCAGGACAGCUUCAAACAAAGCAAAGUCAUUGGAAUAAACCUGGAGACCCAAAACGUGGUGCUAGAAAGCAAUGAGGAACUGCACUUCUCCCAUCUCAUAAUUGCUACCGGGAGCGUUGGUCCCUUUCCUGGAAAGAUUACCAUAAUAACCACCAAGGAUGCAGCCAUUCAGAUGUAUGAAGAUCUGGUAACAGAGGUCCAGAAAGCUAAACAUGUGGUUGUUGUGGGUGGAGGUGCUGCAGGUGUGGAAAUGGCUGCGGAGGUGAAAACAGAUUAUCCAGAGAAAGAGGUUACAUUGAUACAUUCUAAGGUGGCAUUAGCGGAUGUGGAGCUGAAGCCAUGUGUUAGAAGUGCUAUAAAGGAAAUCCUCCUGAAAAAGGGAGUAAGGCUAGUAUUGGGCCAGAAAGUUGUGAAUUUGAAUGAACUGACAACAAAUGUGGUUCAAGACACUAUGGAAAUACAUUUGGAUAAGGAUCCUGAGGUGAUCACUGCUGACCUGCUCCUCAGCUGUACAGGAAUCAAGAUAAAUUCAUCUUGUUACAUCGAUGUAUUUGGUGACAAAGUAGCAAGCAAUGGAGCGCUUAAGGUGAAUGACUUUCUUCAAGUGGAAGGAUACAGCAACAUUUAUGCAGUAGGAGACUGUGCAGAUUUAAGAGAACCUAAAAUGGCAUACAGUGCAGGUGUGCAUGCCAACAUUGCUGUCACCAACAUUAUCAACAGUUUCCUAGGGAAACCACUGAAACAAUAUAAAACAGGGGCAGUUUCAAUGCUUCUAUCGAUGGGUCGAAAUGAUGGAGUGGGGCAGUUCAAUGGCAUUUACAUGGGCAAAAUGUUAGUGACCAAGGCUAAAAGCGGAGAUAUAUUUGUCUCAAAGAGUUGGAAUAACAUGGGACAGAAGAUGCCAAAAUAAGUGCUUCCAUAGAACCUAAUACUUGAUUUCAUUUUUGAAGACUCUACCUCAACCAAGGAUCAUCUUCCCCAAUAAACAAGCAUUUUAUACAUCUUAACAUGACAGAAUUUUUAGUGCAAUUGUUAUUUAAUGGUUAACACAUUGGGCCAGAUUCACGUAGGGAGCGCGUAUUUGUGAGCGGGCGUAACGUAUCCUAUUUACGCUACGCC